CUUUGACGACGAGGUGCUCUCUGACCCAUCUUUUCCAUAUUUUUUCCUGUCUUUAUAUUCAUUACUCUCAGCUUUCUUUUCUUUUUUUUUCUCUCUCACUCCACGACCUCUUUCCCCCUAGCAUCCAUCUCUAUACACUCACCCUUUUCUUGCAAUGGCCUCUGAGCAGAAGCAAGAAUAUGACAUUGAGAAGGAGUUUGUAGACGACAAGCAUGAUGUUGAACGCUCGUCUGUCGCCUUAGAGGAGGAGGAGAACUCUCCUAUUCCUGAGGUCGCUGCCAUCGUCUCUAACAAGGACAACCCUUCUCUUCCUGUCUUGACCUUCCGUUACUGGGUCAUGGCCGUUAUCUUUGCUCUUAUCCUUUCUUUCUUUAACCAGUUCUUCUUCUUCCGUACCAACCCUAUGACACUCAGUCCCAUGGUUAUCCAGCUUCUUUCCUACCCUGUCGGAAAGUUCAUGGCUCGUGUCCUCCCCCACGGUCCCCUCAACCCUGGUCCAUUCUCAGUCAAGGAGCAUGUCUUGGUUAGUGUCACUGCAAAUUGCGCUAGUGGCACUGCUUAUGCAGUCGAUAUCACAGUUAUUCAGAGGGCCUUCUAUGGUGAGGACUUCGGUUUCCUUGCCAAUUUUCUUCUUAUUCUUUGCACACAGAUGUUGGGUUUCGGUAUGGCUGGUGUCCUUCGUCGUUACCUUGUCUACCCUGCUGCUAUGAUCUGGCCCGCCAAUUUGGUCCAGGUUGCCUUGUUUAAUACUUUGCACAAGGAGGAGGAGCUUGCCCCUCGCCAGUGGUCUCGCUUCAAGUUCUUCUUGGCUGCUACCUUUGUCAUGUUCUUGUACUCCUGGAUCCCAGGUUUCCUCUUCCCUGUCCUCAGCUCCAUUGCCUGGAUCUGCUGGAUCAAGCCUGAUAACUUGGUCCUUUCUCAGCUCACUGGUGCUGGUGGUCUUGGAAUUGGUACUAUCUCCCUUGACUGGAACACCAUUGUCGCUUUCUUGGGUUCGCCUUUGAUCGUCCCCUGGUGGGCCCAAGUCAACAUUGCACUCGGUUUCUUUGUCAUUGCUUGGGUCAUGGUUCCUAUUGCAUACUAUACCAACCUCUGGGAUGCCAAGAAGUUCCCUAUCCUUACUCCAGCCUUGUUCACUCGUGAUGGCCAUACCUAUGAUACUCAGAGGGUUUUGACCAAUAACAUCUUGGAUGAGAAAAAGUACGAUGCGUAUGGUCCUCUUCGUAUCUCGACCUUCUUUGCCUUGACCUAUGGUAUCGGUUUCGCUGGCCUCGCCUCUAUGAUCACCCAUACCUGGUUGUACCACCGCCACAAGUUGGUUGCCCAAUGGAAGCAAUCUCGCGAGCACUCUGAAGAUAUUCAUCACAGACUUAUGCAGGCCUACCCCGAGGUCCCUGAUUGGUGGUACGCCGCUCUUUUCGUUCUUAUGACUGUCAUUGCUGUUAUCACCUGUGAGAUCUGGGACUACAAGCUUCCAUGGUGGGGUGUACUUUUGGCUGUUGCCAUGUCUGCAUUCUUUGCUCUUCCUGUCGGUUUGAUUCAGGCUGUUACAAACCAGCAGAUCGGCCUUAAUAUUAUUACUGAGUACGCUAUUGGUUACAUCCUCCCUGGCCGUGCUAUUGCCAACGUUACCUUCAAGACUCUUGGUUACAUCUCCAUGGCUCAGGCUUUGCUCUUCACUGUUGAUCUCAAGUUGGGUCACUACAUGAAGAUCCCUCCACGUGCUAUGUUCUGGGCUCAGCUACUCGGUACAUUCAUUGCUGGUCUUGUCAAUUUGCUUACAGCCAACUGGCUUUUGGGCUCGAUUGACAAUAUCUGUGCGGAGGACCAUAAGACAUUCAGUUGCCCUCACGCCCGCACCUUCUACUCUGCAUCGGUUAUCUGGGGUGCCAUUGCUCCUGAUCGUAUGUUCGGACCUACUUCGAUCUACAAUGCCAUCAACUAUUUCUUCUUGAUUGGUUUUGUGCUACCGAUUCCAUUCUACUAUCUCAAGAAGAAGUUCCCUAACACGAUGUUAGAUUAUGUUCACAUCCCAGUCUUGUUGGGAGCCACCAGCAUGAUGCCACCAGCUCGUGCUUACAACUAUACCAACUGGUUGGCUCUUGGAUUCAUCUUCCAAUUCUUCGCUCGUCGUUAUCAUCCAGAGUGGCAUUUACGUUACACUUAUGUGUUGUCUGCUGCCUUUGAUUCAGGCACGGCCUUCAUGUUGUUGUUGUCCUUCUUCAUCUUCACCAUCCGUGACGCAUACAUGGUUGAAUGGUGGGGUACUCGCUAUGAUCUGUGUCCAUUGGAGAGUGCCCCAUAUAUCACACCACCUCCCCUUCCAGAGAAAGCACCAGUCGCUUAAAAGGAAAACAGCCCAUAGCUUAAUACAUUUUAAUUGCAUAAUAUAUACGUGAACUUUUUCCUCUUUUAUUAAAACAAACAUGUUGAUAAAGGAAUAUGGAG